AUGGAGUUUAGUUUGAGAAAAUUUAUAAGAAAGUACACAAAAACAGUUGGAAAAUGGUCAGAAAUCGAUGAAAUAGUGAUCUCAGCUUUAUUUAUCCAGAGAAUAUUCGGACAACAGUUACUAGAUCCUAAAUGGAUGUGGAAUAAAUUUUACAAACAUCUCGCAGAAGCCUCUUAUACUUUAAUUAUAAUGUCUCAUUUCGCUUUAAAACUCCUACUUUACAUUAACAAUAGAAAUAUAUUCCGUUUAUUACAUUUGACUGCUAAAACAUUAAUUCUGGAUAUAAUUAAACUAGAUUCAGAGAAGAAAUUGAAGAAUGUUCUUAAGAUUGCUUCAAGGGUGGUUAAGACAUUUUUAUUUGUUAUAAUUCUUAUCCCAGUUUCUAUCUACCAAUUUACAACACUUUGGAACUAUGUUAAUGGACAGAGAACUAUGUUAUCAAGGUCGACAGCACCGCUUAUGCCUAUGACGACUCCUUAUUAUGAAAUAUCUUGGAUUUUACAUUCGUUCUUUUUAUUGGAAGUUUCGACAACAUUAAUAUUGGAUAUGUGGUUUGUUUUACUAACCUUUUUUCUAUGUAAAGCAAAUGAGAGUUUAAUAAAAAUAUUGAACGUAAAGAAAAGAGGAGACGAAAAUGUUGCAUCGUAUUCUACACGUUUAUCUGAAGCGUUGCGUCGAUUCCACGAAAUUCAUGUUAAACUUAACGGCUACUUAAUAGAAUUAAGAAAAAUGUACAAAUGGCUUUCAUUAGUGCCUCUUAGCAAUGCAGUUUUGUGCACUUGUCUCAGCUUGUUAAUAAUGAGCAAGGAAAUAAACUGGAGAUUCGCACCGCAUAUGAUGCCGAUGUUUGCUGAAAUAUUUACAUACAAUUGGUUCGGAGAACAGUUAAAAACAAAGGUGACAGAUAUAAACAAUGCAAUACUUAACUUUGAUUGGACAGGUUUAAAUAUGAAAGAUAAAAAGCGUUACUAUAUAAUAUUAAUUUGUACACAAAAUGGAUUUGGUAUUAAAACGGCUGUUGGGAAUCAGUUGUCUCUGAUUACUAUGACAACAGUGGCGAAAGUAAUUUAUCAAGCAUUCGCUGUGUUAAAAACUGUCGAUAGUUAA